AAAAGAAGCCAACACAGGUGCUGUGCCAAAGACAUUCUCGAGGACAUGACUCAGUCCUGGCCUUCCCAGCAAGCCUUGGGGGGGGACCAGACCCAGCGAAUCCUCUACAACCCUAAGGAUGCAAGGCAUCCGGCCUCCCAACAAAGGCAAAGCCGUGGGGACACUCAACAGCGAAUGGCUCGUCAUCCUUACGUGGCACCUCACAAAUCAAUGCUUGCUGAUGACCUGAAGAUAAGUAGUGAUGAAGAUGACACUCAGCGGGCCAUUCAUGAGUCAGCUUCCUGGGACAGACACAGCCUGUCGGCGCAGCGAGCGCACACACAUGGCAGGAGGGUGAGACAUUCCAGCUCAGGCUCCUCGGACUCAGACUCCUCUGCAGAGUCGGGCAGCAGCAGCCUCCGUUCCCGCAGCCCGAGUCCAGAACUUCACCCGGCUCCUCCGUCGCCUCCAAGCGCGCGGCCACUGUGCAACAACAAGGAGAUUGAUCAUCGUUCCACUACCCAGUGGCAGUUAGAUAAAUGGCUGAAAAGAUCAAAGAAAAAAUCUGCCAGGUCUGACCAAGAUUUGCCUCAGGCUAUUGGAGAACCCGAGGCCUCUCCCUUAAGUCAGAGAGCCCCCUCACCAGCCAGGUCAUGGGACAGCAACCAGGAGUAUAGCCCAAGCCAAACUCCCAUUCCAAGUCCACAGUUCAGUUACAGUAACGAUAACAGCCCAGUUCCCAGCCCUGGUUACAGCUACUGCCCAAGUCCCAGCCCAUUCCCCAGCACCUGUCCAAGUCCUACACCUAGUCCACGACAUAGCCCACCUCCUAGUCCAGUUCUAAGUGUUUGCCCCAGUCCUUGUGGAACCCCCAGGACCAGUCGAAGCCCAAGCCCGAUACCUAAACAUCUCCCAAGAAGUCCUAGUCCCACCUUACCCACUCCAUCAAGGGGUUUACACUACCAUGGGGGUCAGAACCAGAACCAGUCACAUUCAAUUCUAACAUCUACCCCCCACAGGACUAAAGUAAGACCAUGGAUUGCACCAUUUCUUGGCACCAGUUUAAAGAGUAAGCCCCCAAGUAACAUUCAUCUUCAACCUUCUUAUCAGCUCAAGCCUAAGAAUCAUCAAGCACAAGAUCAAAGUCAAAGCAAGUCAAAAGAUUUUGCAGGCUCAAAUUCCCAAAUAAAUCCCAAUCAAAAAUCUACACACAAGCCUACUUCAUAUCCAAGAACUAAACAGCUUUCCAACACCCCCAAAACUAAAAAUCCAACACAUUUUGAUCAAAUUCAAGGCAACCAAUCCAAACCCAAGCCACGGCCACCAUUUCAACAACCUUCACAAAGCCCCAAAAGAACAAAGCACGUAGUGCCCACUGGCUGUGAAACCAACACAACUCCCAGUACUCAUUCCACAUCUGCCAGUAAAGCUACUAGGAAUUCUGUUACUGGGUCAACCUCUGGACCCUUCUCUAACCUUAUACACUGGACAAAGCUGUGGGAGGCUUCAAACUCAAACCCCACGCAUCCAAAUCAUGCCAAAACUCCACAAAGGAAACCUCAGUCUAAGGAACAGGAAGUAGUUCAGAGAAAACCUCAUCUGACCCAAGCAGAGAGGAGAAUACAUGAAAACAAGGAGGAUAGACAUCAUCAUGAACAACAACUAGGGAAGCUAGAACGGAAGGAAGACAGAAGGCUGGCGGAGGAGCAGUUACUAAGACGUCCCUGGAUCCAAAGUUCACCAGAAGAAGAGGAGGAAGAGGAAGAAAGAGCAACAGAACAGCAAGGUGGGAGAAAGAACACAGGAAGAGGAGAAAAUAGGAGGAAGGGGGAGCAGGCAAAGGAAGAAUGGAAAGCGGUCAGACAGGUGUCUUCUAAUGACAAACAACACCGCCUUCGAGAGACUUUAGACUGUCAAGGCAGGACAAAAAAGGGUAGAAGAUGUGAGGAGAAGAGAGAAGUGAUCAGAGACCAAUCACCCCUAUUAUCCACACACUCCCCACCUCCCCAGAGACCAUCCUUCAACUCCUGCUCCUCCUCAUCGUCAUCAUCUUCUACAACUCCCUCCAACUCAGACGCUGAAUCUGAAUGCCUUGGCUCUAUAACCAAGGUUUCUGCUGAGUCCUCUUCUCACAGGAGAGUCACCAAGACAGGGAACCAAGCUGCAAGCAGACCUGACACUACCAGACCUAAAACAGUACACCCCAGACGACCCAGCUCAGAGAAUACAUGUGAAAGGAGGCAACAAAGUGAGGCAAAGCAAAGGCUCUACACACUAGUCCCAUUUGGACGAGGGGAAAAAACUCCUUCCACCGCCCAACGGGGGCUAAGGAAUCUGGUGGUGCAGAUAGACCUCUGUCUUCUCAAGAGAGUCCCGGACAGUCCCACAGAUUCCACUGGUAAAAAACUAUCCCUGUCCAAAUCAUCUUCAUUGAUGAAGGAAAAAUCUAAAGAGGCUAUGAAACACGUUUAUGACCCCGAGACUUCCAUUACAGAAGGCAAAAGGAAACGCAAGCCAGAGAAUGGCAUAGCUCAAAGAGAAGCCAAGAGGAGUCUUCUUUAUCUAAACGAGGCACCAGGGCAGAAAGAACCUUCAUCAGUACCGACUGAGAACGUCAUUACUGAGACAGUGCACAAUGGAUACCUGGAGGAGUUCUUGGACAGCAAGAGGCCAGUGUCUCCUUUGUCUCCCUUGUCUCCACUGCCCCAGAGCCCUGAGCCCACCAGGCCUGCCUCCAAAGCAAAGACAACUACCGAACAGCAGCAGUCCCGCGCACAAAAGAGCAAAGACAAGAGCAGAGAGGCAGACGUAAAGCCUAAGACUGAGGUGGAGUGUAUAAAAGUAUCAAGGCAGCAUCAGCCACCACCCGAGUCCACCUGGGGACCAGCUGGUCACAGAGGGUCCGUACCAAGCCAAGAAAUUUCUCACCAUGCUGAAUACUACUUACAUGAAGCCAAACGGAUGAAGCACCGUGCUGAUGCAAUGGUGGACAAGCUCGGAAAAGCUGUUAACUAUGUUGAUGCGGCUCUGUCCUUCAUGGAAUGUGGGAAGGCGAUGGAGGAGGGGCCACUCGAGGCAAAGUCUCCUUUCACCAUGUAUUCUGAGACAGUGGAGCUGAUCCGGUACGCAAUGAGGCUCAAAGGUCACUCUGGCCCUGGAGCGAGACAGGAAGACAAACAGCUGGCAGUGCUGUGUUUCAGAUGCCUUGCCCUCCUUUACUGGCAGAUGUUUCGCUUAAAAAAAGAUCAUGCACUAAAGUACUCCAAAGUGCUACUUGACUAUUUCAAGAGUUCUCCCAAAGUGCCUACAACGCCACCCGGCUGGAUGGACUCUGAGAAGGCUACAGCAGGACUCCCGUCCUCACUGUCACCCACCGCAAAACACCACAGACGGGGUUCAAAUGGGGGCAGCAGCUCUGCAUCGCUCAUAAGCAUACCCCAGCGCAUCCACCAGAUGGCAGCAAACCACCUGAACAUCACCAACAGUGUCCUGUACAGCUAUGAGUACUGGGAGGUGGCAGACAACCUCGCAAAGGAGAAUAAAGAAUUCUUCAAUUACUUGAAUACUUUAUCUGGGCCAUUGACUCUUCACAGUAGCGUUGCGCACGCUGUUCAAUACACCAGGCAGGCUCUUCAGUGGAUACGCAUUAGUGCCAAACUGAACUGAUUCCAACAGAGAGGAUUUCUCCUAAAGCUGCUCCUCAAGCUUAAUUUUGCUGUGAGAAAAAGACUCUGCAGAUCUCCAAACAGCUGUGAGGAAAGCACUGAUAACCAAUGUGGUGUGUCCAAAUGGACUUAAAUGAAAUCUCACUAAGCCACAAACCGCUUUUGUUGAACGUUGGGAUGUAAACACCAGCAUUAUGUGUGCAAAGCCUUAUAAAGGACCAGUUUUGCAGCAUUCUUCCUUGUUGUUGGAUUAAUCUGAAGAGUUUUCUGUUUUGCAGCUAAUUAAGAUCUCUUUUUUUUUCUUUUUUUUUUUGCCAAAUGAAACCUGAACCUCAAAAGACAGUGAAACUUAUCUGUGUUUUAGACUUUGUAAUAACAAAGUCAGCAAAGAUUGUCUCUGGAUGCACAAGAGAAAAUAAAAAUAAAAAAUAAAAAAAUAAAACACUGAUCAAUUAUGUAUCACUCUCAAUGAGGGGAAAUUCUUUAAGAAAUGUUUCCUUUAAAGUUUCUUAUACUCUGUUUUUUACUGUGCAAUAUUUGAUGGACCAUCUUAUUUGUAAGAAAAAAAUAAACUGAGAAUGGAUAAUA